AUGAAGGAUGCCCUAUCGGUGGAAUGCCAAUCUGGCCUAACUGAGAGGACGAAUGGUAUCGAGACGAGAAACCGAAAGUGGCAAUUCUCACGUGUCUUUUCGCACCAGCUUACUCGUCUCGCGCACAGCUCACGCAUGAGUCACGCCAGUCCCCACAGGUCGACUCAACUUCCCUGCGCCAAUCAGAAGCUGACACUCACACCUCACCAAAAAUGUAGCAGGAAGAACUCCACCAAUCAGAAGCCGACCUUGACAUCCCGACGAGUAGCCAACAUCGAUUGCACCACGAGUUUACCACUUUCGAGCUGA